GACCGUCAAAUUAAGUUUUCUGUGGUUUUUUUUAAUGAAACCGUUAAAUUACCGGCAGCCUCCGCGUCAUGUUUAGGCGGCAGCACCGGGAGUUUACCGCAGCUACUUCCGCUGUGUUUCGCUUCUUUUUCUUCUCUUCUAAUGAGUGUUAGCUUAGCGCGGCUAGCCUGCUACCAGCGGUUUGGACCGCAUUUAACGCACCGGACUGAGCCGUGAUCAGCCCCACAGAACCGGUCCCGGUACUGUGGGGCUGAACACGGCUCGGUCCAUUCGGCUCCGGUCCAGUCUGGCUCUGUGGGGCUAAACUCGGGCUACAGGGUGAGUCGCUGAGGCUCCAGUGGAAGUCCUUGCGUGUAGCGUGUAGCUGCUGCAGGUGAACGUGGCAGAGUUCUGAGGCGGUUGCCAUGGAGCCGGUCUGGCGACAGCAAGGCCGUGGUCGGGGGCGGAGCCAGGAGGCUCAGGGCGCCAGGUUUCGACCCGGAGGUGGCCGAGGAGGCAGGACUGAAGCUCCACAUGGCUCCGCCCCACUGGACAAGUUCGAGGAGAUCAGGAAGUCCAACCAGGCCGCCGCUCAGCGAUUGGUCGAGAGCCAUGUCAGCUCCUCCUCCUCUGACGAUGAAGACGACGACGACAGGGAGCGUCAGGACGGGAAGAGAGGACAGAUCCUGGCGUCCACCUUCACCACCUACACCAACCAGACAGGAGGGGAUGCCACAGGUCUGGCCCGGACCGGUCAGUACCUCAGCGACCUGUUCCAGUCUGGAGCCCUCACCUGUCUGAUCUGCAUUGCUUCGGUCAAGAGGACACAGCAGGUGUGGAGCUGCUGCAGCUGUUUCUCUCUCUUCCACCUGCCCUGCAUCCAGAAAUGGGCCAAAGACUCGGUGUUCCUGGUCUCCUCCGUUACUGACGAUGACUUUGGGCAGAAACAGCAUCCGUGGCCCUGCCCAAAGUGUCGGGCAGAAUAUCCGCCCAGUGCCACGCCCAACAGGUACAUGUGCUACUGUGGGAAGCUGCAGGAUCCUCCAGCCGACCCCUGGCUGGUUCCUCACUCCUGUGGGUCGGUGUGUCAGAAGGAGCUCAAACCCACCUGUGGACACACCUGCCUGCUGCUCUGUCACCCCGGUCCAUGCCCUCCGUGUCCUAAGAUGGUGUCCGUGCCAUGUAUGUGUGGGAAAGCUAAGCCCCUCCCCCGCCGCUGCAGCAACAAGGCCUGGUCGUGUCAGCAGCAGUGUGGCAAGUUGUUGCCCUGCAGACAGCACACCUGUUCACAGCCCUGCCAUACAGAAUGCCGUCCCUGUCCCAGAGUCAGCGUUCAGAGUUGUGUUUGUGGCCGACAGAAGGCAGAGCGACCCUGCUCCAGCCCUCGGUGGAAUUGUCAGCAGGUGUGUGGAUCUCCCCUGCCAUGUGGAAAUCACACCUGUGAGGAGGUUUGUCAUGAUGGAGUUUGUCCUCCGUGUCCUCGGUCCGUCAGCAGAACAUGUCCCUGCGGCAAGACCAAGUCCUCUCUGCCGUGUACAGAGGAAGUGAUGCCAUGUGGAGACACCUGCGACCGCCGUCUUUCCUGUUUAAAACACACCUGUUCAAUGAGGUGUCACCGAGGAAGCUGUGAGACCUGCAGACAGGAGGUGGAGAAGGAGUGCAGGUGUGGUAAACACAGGAAGCUGAUGCCCUGUCAUAAGGAAUACCUGUGUGACUCCAAAUGUCCAAAAACUAGAAGCUGCCAGAGACACCAGUGCAGGAGGAAGUGUUGCCCCGGUAACUGCCCCCCAUGUGACCAGAGCUGUGGUCGAACUCUGGGAUGUCGAAACCACAAGUGUCCUUCAGUCUGUCACCAAGGCAGCUGCUACCCGUGUCCGGAGAACGUGGAUGUCCGGUGUUCCUGCGGUUCCACGGUUCUGGUCGUCCCGUGUGGUCGAGAACGAAGCACCAAACCUCCUCGCUGCAAAGAGCCCUGCAGGUGCCCCCCGUCCUGCCACCACCCCACCAGGGAGGCCCACCGCUGCCACCCCGGACCCUGCGCCCCCUGCAGGCAGCCCUGCUUACUGCCGCUGGCCGGCUGCAGCCACACCUGUCCACAGGUCUGCCACGACCUGGUUCUGAUCCGGUCCCAGCAGGUCCAGCUAGCCGGUCCGUGGGAGCAGCCCACUGAACCGGCCUUCAUCCAGAAAGCUCUUCCCUGUCCACCAUGCCAAGUCCCCAUACCAACGAGCUGCUUUGGAGAACACGAGGUCAGUCCCGUGCCAUGCCACCGUCGAGGUCGAUUCUCCUGCGGUCGACCUUGUGGACAACCUUUGGCCUGCGGAAACCACACCUGCAGCAGGGAAUGCCACCUGGUUACCGACGGCAAUAAGUGUGAAGUGUGCGAGGAGGGCUGCAGUAAGCCCCGCCCCCCAGGCUGCCCCCACCCCUGCCCCCGCAGCUGUCACCGUGAUGACUGCCCACCUUGCAGCCAGAUGAUUCGCCAACGCUGCCACUGCAAGAUCAGCAUCCUCUAUGUGGAGUGCAGGAUCCUUACAGCAGCUGAUGACCAGAUGAAGGUGAAGCUGAGCUCCUGUAACAACCAGUGUCCUAAAGAGCUGAGCUGUGGCCAUCGCUGUAAGCAGGUGUGUCAUCCAGGUGAGUGUGAGGACAGAUGUCAGCAGAAGGUGAAGCUGCGAUGCCCCUGCAGGAGGAUCAAGAAGGAGCUGCAGUGUUGUGUUUCGGCUCAGUGUGUCAUUCAGUGUGACGACACCUGCAGAGACCAGCAGAGGAGAGUCAGCCAGAUGAAGGAGGCGGAGCAGAGAGCAGCUCAGGAGGAGGAGCAGAAGAAGCUUCAGGAGGAGCUGGAGGCCUUUGAGAAGCGGCAGCAGAGAGGGGGGAGGAGGGGCAAGAAGAGGGGGAGGAGGGGGGAAGCUGACGGUGAGCAGGGGAGGGGGGGCGGCUGGGGGCGGAGCUUAGCCUUCAUCAUUGUCUCACUGGGCGGAGCUUUGCUGUCUGCCGCCACCUUCUACCUGUUGAACACAACCUGAAGACACCGCAGAGCAGCUCACCUGGAAGUCACCUGAGACUCACCUGGAAGUCACCUGAGACUCACCUGGAAGUCACCUGAGACUCACCUGGAAGUCACCUGAGACUCACCUGAAAGUCACCUGAGACUCACCUGAGACUCACUUGAGACUCACCUGAAAGUCACCUGAGACUCACCUUUAGUUCACCUGUGAGUCAGUCUCAGGUGAGUCUCAGGUGAGCAGUGUCCUGUGACUCAGAUUGUUGAUUCUUUUCUUCUUUUAUCUUCAGACAGGAAACAGUUUGUGUCCUGGACAGUCGUUUAGUUCUGUUGACGGUUCGUUUGUUUCUCGUUAAGUCUGAUUAAAUCCUCUGAUUGACCAUCUCCAUGGAAACUGUUGUUAAGGAGCAGAUGUUCUAGAUGUUCUGGUGGAGUCUGCUGCUUCAGAUGUUAUUUCAGGGUAACAUUAGAGGAACAUCCCAGCAAUCAUCUCCAGUCUCCACAGGUCCGAUGUGUUGAUGUUCUUCAUGAUGUUUCUAUGUUUGUCUUAAAGACCUUCUGACUGAGGAUGAGGAGAUCUGAUUGGUUGUUCUAUUUCUGUGAUGGAUCUUCUGGUUGUAGAAACGUUGGAACUCUGCAGAUGUUUGAUCAUGGAGGAAAAUAAGUCUUUUUUUCAGCGUUUUUGACAAUAAAAUGUGUAAAAGUUU